AUGGAGAGGCGCAAAGCACGGUUCUCCGCCGAAGUGACGUACUACCAGAACUGGGUGCAGCCAUUUGCAGGGAUGGCUCGAGGCUUUCGGCCUGCGGACGAGGAAGCAAUCUGUCGGCUCUUGCAGACUUGCGGCCUGCGCAAGUGGCUAGCCGAGCUCGAGGGCAUCCAUGAAGCCCUGGCGUCUUCGGAGCAUGAGAUCUCGGCCGCGGUCGUGAGCGCAUUCUGCGAUGCUGCUGCAAGGUGCUUGUCAGGCCUGCGGUUGCCGCGGCGUGCCCGGACGUCGAAAUGCGCGGAGGUCCUUGACCGAGCCCGCGGGCUGUGGCAAGCUUGGGCCGAUACCUGGGGAGGAGGCGCUGCAUGCUUCGAUGUCGCCUUGGCGGCGGGGCUGCGCCUCUGUGAUAUCGUUCGGACCCCAGCCGCGCUGGUUUGGGCCGAGGAGAUCUGGGACCAGGCGAGGGCCCAAGCAGUGCCAAGAACCGUGCCCCUCUACAAUGCCAUGCUGUGCAUAUUGGAGUGGCACAACAGAUAUGAUGCCGUGGACAAGAUUCUCCUUCAGGACAUGUUGGAGGACCGCUUGUCGCCAAACGCGGAGGUUCUGGAGGAACUGGUCGGUCGAGCCGCCGCGCGUCAGGACUGGGAGCGCACCGAUCUCCUUUGGAACUUUCUGGUGUGCAGCCACCAUGUCCAACCCACAGCGGCAUGCUAUGCUGCGCAUGCGGAAGCGCACCUGCUGGCCGGGCGCCCUUCUAAUGCCGCCUCCAUCUUGGAGGACAUGUUCGAUGCCGGCGUGGGGCCGCUGACUCCCACCAUCGCUGCUUCGUAUCUACAGAUCCUCCUGGUGAUCUGCCACUCCGAUCCGACACCUUCCAACAUGACGCGUUUGAAAGAGGCUCUCAAGCAGGCGGAAGGCCUUACCGCCACCGGGCUCGCAGCCAAAGAGCUGACAAAGCUGAAGCAGGUGGCCGGGAAGCUGAUGUUGGAUCCCUGCGCGCUGCCCUUUCGCCAGGUGCUGGUUUCCCGCAAAGCCCGGCAAAGCGAGAUGAAGGGCUGGCGGAGCCCUCGCGCGGGCAGCUGCUAUGCGCGCCGGUAG